AUAAAAGAGCGGUGCAACAGAGAAGUCGUCAGCACCAAACCGAAAGCGGUAAAGUAACCAACUGCAGUUAGUUAUCCUUUCGAGCUGCCUAUAGUUUUCCAUGAAUUUCUCAAGCCUUCUUCUGCUGGCCCUUGUGGCAGUAAUCGCAGACUCCCACAGAAUCGCUCAACCGCCUGCAGAUCCCCAGGAGCCAUGCAGCACCACCACCCUCAAGCCACCAUGUGACACGACAACAACUCCGAAACCAGAACCACCGUGUACACCAACACCACCGCCUCCGCCUCCACCUCCACCACCCUGUUCUACAACAACACCUCCGCCAGAUCAACCCUGUGACACGACAACAACUCCGAAACCCGAACCACCAUGUACACCAACACCUCCGCCUCCGCCUCCACCACCCUGUUCUACAACAACAACACCUCCGCCAGAUCAACCCUGUGACACGACAACAACUCCGAAACCCGAACCACCGUGUACACCAACACCUCCGCCUCCACCUCCACCUCCACCACCCUGUUCUACAACAACAACACCUCCGCCAGAUCAACCCUGUGACACGACAACAACUCCGAAACCCGAACCACCAUGUACACCAACACCUCCGCCUCCACCUCCACCUCCACCACCCUGUUCUACAACAACAACACCUCCGCCAGAUCAACCCUGUGACACGACAACAACUCCGAAACCCGAACCACCGUGUACACCAACACCUCCGCCUCCACCUCCACCACCCUGUUCUACAACAACAACACCUCCGCCAGAUCAACCCUGUGACACUACAACAACUCCGAAACCCGAACCACCGUGUACACCAACACCUCCGCCUCCGCCCCCCCUGUUCCACAACAACAACACCUCCGCCAGAUCAACCCUGUGACACGACAACAACUCCGAAACCCGAACCACCGUGUACACCAACACCUCCGCCUCCACCUCCACCACCCUGUUCUACAACAACAACACCUCCGCCAGAUCAACCCUGUGACACUACAACAACUCCGAAACCCGAACCACCGUGUACACCAACACCUCCGCCUCCGCCUCCACCCCCCUGUUCCACAA